ACAUUGCUAUCAAACCCCUAAGAGUGACAAUUUAUCUUAAGACGCCGGCUUUGGCAACCGGGAAACCCCUGGCGACUCUCAGUUUCGGAACCAUCAAUCUCAUCGCCGGAGAAUCCCGAAGCCAGAAUGCAGAACCCCCGCAAGAGAAAGCAACCGCCAAAGCAGCUGAAGCCCCAAAGUGAACCCAAAUCGUCGAAACUCACCAAGGAGCAACAAGAGCCAUACCCGACUCACCUUCGGCCCACCCCUGGAGAUUGCCGCGCCAUUCGAGACUCCCUUCUUGCUCACCAUGGCUUCCCGCCGGAGUUCGCCAAGUAUCGCCGGGGGAGACCAAGCCUGCGCCCAGAUGACGAUGACGACAAGUCCAUAAACAGCUUGGAAAAAUCGGUAGCAUCGUUGGACAGUGAGGAAGUGGAAGAGAGCGUUUUGGAUGGUCUGGUGAAAAUGGUGCUCUCUCAGAAUACUACUGAGGUUAAUUCUUUAAGAGCAUUCUCCAAUCUCAAAUCUGCUUUCCCCUCUUGGGAAGAUGUGCUUGCUGCUGAACCAAAGUCCGUGGAGAAUUCUAUAAGGUGUGGAGGUCUAGCCCCAAGGAAGACUUCCUGCAUUAUGAACUUACUGAGCUGUUUGCAGGAGAGGAAGGGCAAAUUGUGCUUGGAAUAUUUGCGGAAUCUAUCAGUUGACGAAGUUAAAGCUGAGCUCUCCCUUUUUAAAGGAAUUGGCCCCAAAACUGUAGCUUGUGUUCUAAUGUUUAAUCUUCAGCACGAUGACUUCCCAGUGGACACACAUGUGUUUGAGAUUGCAAAGGCCAUUGGCUGGGUACCAGGUGAGGCAGACCGGAAUAAGACGUAUGUUCAUCUUAAUCAUAGGAUCCCUGAUGAGCUCAAAUUCGAUCUGAAUUGUCUUCUAUACACACACGGUAAGCUUUGUCAAAGAUGUACCAAGAAAGGGAGCAAUCACAAGAAGAAGGAAUUGAAUGAUGGCUCAUGCCCUCUAUUAACUUAUUGCAACUUCACUGUAGCCGCAGCUGACAAGUGAGAUCGUUGCAUUUUCCAUAUAAUAUGACUUCCUCUUGUUUCAUUGCCGGAUAGGGUGAGUAAUCCAUCCAGUGUACAUUACCUGUUGAAAUAUUCCGAUUACUUUCUAGAUUUAAGACUUUUCUGGCCAAAACAUUUAGAAUAAGACAGUGGGAGUACAUGUAGAAAUAUAGAAUAUCAAGCCAAGUUUCGGUUAGGGUAAGAUAGGAUCUUGCUGAUUCUAUAUUCUUCAUUGCUUGGAUCCAACAUACCAUUGUUCACAUAGACUGAAAACCAAGGACUAUUUGAUGUUUGAGGUAAGACUGUAGAGAUGGGUAUAAAAGGGAAUUAGAUAACUCACAUUCCAUUUAUAUAAUGUAGCGAAUAUUGUAUGUUAUCAUCAUCCAAGAGCCCUACAAAAAACACUAAGGUUGAUUGUGCUAUGCUCCUAUGCUAAUAGAUAUAUGCUCAUGGGAAUACAAUAUUAGCUUUGUGCAAAAAAAAUGUAUAUAGGGAUACACACA